GUCUGCGGCUGCCAGAGUUUGUAAGCAGCAAAUACAAUCCGAUCCACCUACGAUCGACCCUACAGUAAUUCAGGCGUCAGAGAGUAGCGUGUCAGGACUGUAGGCUACAGUUACGGAUCGUCAAACAUAUGUCAAUUGUGCUUUAGGUAUCAGGUAUCCAGGUUACGCUGGAAAGGCUUGACGCCCUCACCGUUUGCCUUUGCAUCUCGGUUUGGGUAGUUAUUUUCGGGGCCCCGCCCCAGGCGGGUAGCUUACUCGCACUGACUAGGAUCGUAUCGCCAUGGCCCUAGAUACCCGCAACGCUGACAAUGCGGCUUGGCUAGUUAAGGUGCCGUACGCGCUGGCCAAUGUGUGGAAGGCCGCCUGCGACCAGUCCAUGGCGGGUCAGGUGGACGACUCCAACGAGCGGCAGCAGCUGCUGGGGCGCAUUGUGACGGAGGCGGCGGGGGCGGAGGAGGGAGAUGUCUCCUUCCUGGAACUUCCAGACACCAUGCUCGCGGAGGGCAUUCCGCGGCGCUUCAAGCUGCAGCAGCUGCCGCUGCCCCCCGGGGAGAGCAGCAAGAUGCACGUGCUGUCGUACGAACUAGGGAGCAGCAACGGUAACAACGGUGGAGGCAACGGUGGGGGCAACGGCAGCUCAGCAGCCCCCAAGGAGAUCUUGAAGCCACGGGUGGACGGCACCGUCCAGCAGCGGAUGGACAUGGUGCCCAUGGUGAAGGACGACAAGGGCGAGUGGGUAUUGGACAGCGAGUAUAUGAAGCUGGUGCGCUCGCGGACGGAGCAGGCGGCGGAGAAGGUCCGCGUGGUGGGUUUCUACGAGGACAGUGUGGAUAACAUGCUUGCCGACCUGGCGCAGCAGAAGCGGGUGGAGCGGGACAUCUCGGCGCGGAGGAAGGCCAGCGUGCAGGCAGCUCGCGAGGUGGCCCUCAAGCGCCCCCGACUGGAGCCCGAGGAGCUGGAGGAGCUGCUGUUCCGGCUGUUCGAGCGGCACUCCGCGUGGCACCUCAAGGCCCUCAUUGCGGAGACUCGUCAGCCGCAGCUGCACCUCAAAACCGUGUUGGAGGGCAUCGCAACGCAACAGAAGCGAGGGCCCAACAAGGACAAGUACGAACUAAAACCCGAGUACAGAUCCAAAACAGGCGCUGCAGCCGCUACUGCUGGUGGUACGGCAGGCGGUGCCGGGACAUCUGCCGUACGGCAGCCGCAGUAGUGAAAGAGUGGUGCCGGUUGGCGAAUUCCCCGGGGCAAUUCUCGCUCUGCCUGUUCUUGACAUUUCCAUGUUUGCGGUCUUAUGUUAACGACAAAUGGUGUCGAUGGG